GGCCAGUGCAGCGACUACUGCGCGUGAAUCCAACAAAGCCAAAAAGGGGAGAUCGACACGGGUUGAAACUUACUUCACAGAGAAAAGGGUGAAAGCCAAAGGACCUCUUGUCAACGUUGAAUGUGUUCGCUACGAAUCAGCAGGCAUCCAGCCAGCGAUAGAUGAGGAGCGUUUAUAUACGGUGCAAACUUUCUGAGAGCAGCUAUAGGCUAGCACUUCUGAACCGUUUCUGCUCACCCCGACGCGCAGAUAAAGGUGUGACACUCCCGAAUCAAGCUUCACUGAGCAGCGAUUGUUCACAAUACAGUGUUUCGUUUUGCGCUGUUAGUUCUGCUCGCGGAAGGCCGCUCUCUUCCAAUCGGUGCCGACGAUACACGGUGCAGUGGUGGAAGUGGUGUGUGCUGUGGUCGAGUGGCCUCUGUACAAAUGCGUGGAGCAAUGUUAGCCAAACUGAAGUCUGGUCUGCUGAACAGCAAGGCUGGUGGUAGCUCUCCAUUGCCGCAUGGCAAGGAGACGCGGACCAGUCCUUCUGGUGGUGGCAGUGUGACUGCGGCCGACGAGGGAGACAGCGACGAGCAUUUCGACGAGCCACUGGACCCAAACUAUAUGCUGCAGACGCAGGAGAAGAAACAGCAGCAGUUGGCCCGUAGCGUCAGCAACAACAUGGAACGAAUACCGCACCGCUCCAGCCCUGGGCGCAGUCCAGUUCCUGUUCGUCGUGGAGGCUCGCCACGCAACAAGGCGACGACCACCUCGCAUGGUUCACUGGAAGUAAGCGCGCUUAGUGGCGGCUGUAGUGGUGAGUCGAGCCUGGACAGCCCCAACAUGAGCCGUUCGCGAACGCUCCCUGGUGGUUCGAGUCCAUCCACCUCCAAAUUUCCCACUUCGCCGUCCAUGGGCUCCAUUUCAGGUGGCAACAGUCGCUCGGACGUGCGGGACAACUCCGUAGCACCUGGGGGCUCCUCCGUAACUGUGGCGUUCAAAAAGAAGGCCAAGGAAAUCAGAACCCUCCCGGCAUCGGCUCCAACGGAGCCCUCCAUCGUUGUCGUGCGCGGAGCGGCUCCGAACGACGACUACGUCGACCCGUUCGAUGCUAAACUACGGGGUGCCCUGCUGGGUGCGCAGGCAGCCACGUCUGGAUCCCCGUCCGCCGGCGGGAACGGCGCCGGUCAUCGGCGACACGAACCGUCCGACACGUACGAGGACCCGUUCGACAGCAAGCGCAAUGGCCUGUCCGCCCCGAAGCCCGUGCCGGCUGCCGCAUCCGACACGUACGAGGACCCGUUCGACACCAAGCAUAAUGGCGCGUAUUUGAGCAGCGGCGGGAGAAAUUCCCGCCGCUCGUCCCCACCGGCGGCGGAUAACGACGUGUACGAUUCGCCGAUCGAUGCACGUUCCAGUCCACUGCCUCCGACACAGUCUGAUGAUGGUAAUAACUACAUGGAUCCGUUUGAUCAGAAACCUCGGCCGCGCUCCAGUCCUCUGCCGCAGAAAAAAACGUCCAAGGUGAGACUUGUGGACAACGGCAAACUACCUCCAUCCUUAUCAAGCGACGGGAACUACUGUGAACCAUUUGAUGCGAUACGUACUAAUGGAGGAGUUUAUCCCCCAGCAACGGCUGCUGCUAUUCCGCCACGUAAGCACUCCAGUACCGCAUCUACCACGUCGCGACUCUCGACAGGUUCGAUCGGAGAACUGCGCACAGGACCCCCUAGAACGAUCAGCGUGCCCGAAGUGCUAAUCGAUUCUACACGGAAUGACGAUGAGCCGGUAUCUUCUAGAGGAGGUCAGCGACAUGGUGGUAUGAGUCCGAUGCGUGAACCGAGCUCAGACUACUGCGAGCCGCUCGACUCGGUUCUGAGACACGCCCGAGCAUCGCAGAACAGCAGCGGUGGCAGGUCGCCAGUGCAUCCCCGAUCUCCGUCGUCCGAACGAGCCCCGGGUGAGAGGAGUCCAGAGAACUCCUUACCCGGCUCCACGAAUAUCUCCAGAUCGAACUCAUCCAGAUCAAUACGCAACGAUGGAGAAGUGCCUCCAGAAAAGCUGCCGCUCGAUGAUCAACCAUGGUAUCACGGAGCACUGCGCAGAGAUGAUGCAGAGCGGCGGCUGGCUGGCGCUGCUGCAGGCUACUUCAUCAUUCGGCAAAGCGAGAGCUGUCUAACAGACUUCUCCCUCUCACUGAGGAAUCACCACGAGACGAUGCACUUGAAGAUCCACCGCCGCUCCAAGGACAACCGCUUCGUGCUGGGCCUUCACAGCAUGCCGUUCCGCAGCAUUCCGGAGAUGAUCACCUACUACCUCAAGCACAACCUGCCCAUCCGCGGCGCAGAGCACAUCUCACUGGUGCAGGGACUUCCCCGCAACAGCCCUAUCUACGCCAAUGUACACCUCGUGGAUGGCUCCUCAUAGGGCUCUCACUGGCACAGUAACUUCCCCUCAGCAGCUCUAUCUACGCCAAUAUGCACCUUGAGGAUGGCUCCUCAUAGUGCUCGGAGAGAGAGAGAGACCUACCUAGAUGCAUAAUGCUUUGCCGAAAUUAUGCAAGUGCUCAACGUAUACAAGUUUAACCCUGACAAGACAAAUGGCCUACGGGUUGAUUCGUCGGUCAACAAAAUCCUAUACAAGUACCUGAAGCAUAUCACCGUAUCUUUACUGCUAGGAUAGAUCCUGUGAUAACUUUCACUAGUUUAGAGGUAUCAACUGGCAAUCCAAGGGGUUGCUCCAUUGCCGCGACUUGAGUGCUAAAGUAAUUAGUGUAGAAACUUUCUCUUUUUCUAGCUUGCGGCUCAAUCAGAGUUUUCUCCACACUAGAUGCAGGAGGGUGAGAACACAGCGAGACGUGAUUAUUGUGUCAUUUUACCACCGGCUUUGAGUAAUCAAUGACUUUUUUUAUCUCCGUUUCAUCAGUCUUUCUUCGUCAUGUCGUCUAGCGCGCGCGACCUUGAGAACUCCACACGCGAUUUGUGCGCUGAUAUCUUUCUGCCUAUUCACGCAAUGUGUAAUUUCUCUUUCUUCUGUUUUUCAAGAUUUUAGCUGUCACACACGUGUGGCAAUAUACCAGGGAUCUACAAGAAUGAAAGAUGAAAUUCUCACAC